AUGGGUUCCAAAAAGAUGGCCUCUUCUUCUGGGGACUUGGGCGACACUCAGCCAUUGUCCGCGAGUGAUUUCCGAGUUUAUAACAGCUUGUCGGAGCGAAUGGAAGGGUUUCAUAGCCAUUUCCGUUUAACGUGGAAUCAGCUUUGGGAGGCUUGUGAAAGCUCUGGGAAACGGGCACUCUCCGCCCGCCAGAUGAUUAUGAUGGGCCUUCAAUUUUGCUCGCAAUUGGAUUUUCAUCACUCUAUUGAAGAGCAACAUAUCUUCCCCGUAUUAGCGAAAAGGAUGCCCGAGUUUCGAAAGGAGCUCGAGCUAUUGGGUCAGCACAGACAGAUUCAUGCGGGACUUGAGAAACUCGAGAAGUAUCUUGAGCAGUGUCGGUCCGGCGAGGAAGAUUUGAGCCGCGAAGAGGUGAAGCGGUUAAUGGAAGGGUUUGGCAAGGUUCUGUGGACACAUUUAGACCAAGAAGUGCAAACUCUUGGAGCGGCCAAUAUGCGCAAGUUCUGGUCUCUUGCCGAGAUGCGCCGGCUCCCUAUGUGA